CCCGCAGCGCUGUCCCCGGCCCUGCGCUCGUCCCGGUGCCGCCGGUUCGCUGUGCCCGCCGUCCGGCCCAGCCCGGCGCUCAGCGGGGCGGUGGGCGCCGGAAGCUGUCCCAAUGGCCUCAGAAGCACCAAGUGAGGAUGCAGAAUGUGCAGCUGAGCCUCCUGCAGCUCCUGUGCAGGGGAACAGGACAUUCCAGUGGGGAUCCAUCCUUGCUGCAGUGAAGGACCAGCUCCCAUCCCUGGACUCUGACUCCUCGACAUCUGAUUGUGAGAGUGAUGAGGAGCUUUUCAUCUUCCAGAGGGACCUGCCCAACUUAAUUCCAGACCUGUCAGAGGAACUGAUGAUGUUUGCCCUGGAAGACUCCCAGGAGCAGGAGACAGAAAGACUUCCAUGGGAGAUCUGGAACGAAGACCUGGAAAGUUUUGACUUUCAGGAAAAAACAGAUGGUGCCCAAAUCAUUGCAAAAGAAGAUGUACAAAUGAUUAAAGAUGAGGCUGCUGAACCUGCCAGCCAGACUGAAGAAAUGCCAAACCAGAAGAGAGCUGUUCUUGAAGAGUUUCCCUCAGAUUCCACAGAUCACCUUGAGGAGAAAGAAAUGGGCAGGACUCAGGCUAGGGAAAGAGCAAACUCCUGGCCUAUCACAGCAGUGCCUGUGCAAGAGCUGUACACUAAAGAGGAGAGAAAAAAGCUGAUAGAGACAAAGAUACUGUCCAAGAUCCUUGUGGAGCCAUCCCCAAAGCAGGAUGUCAAACCUCCCUCCCAUGGCAUCAACAACAGCCUGGGAAGAUUUGCAAAGGCAGAAACCUUCUCAGAUGAGCAUCUUGGAGAAGUGAUCCAUUUGUCAUUGCAGGCUAUUGAGAAAUGGAAUGUAGACAAGAAUCUUGAGGAGCUGGAGCAGCAGGGAGAUAAAACUCGUGCACAAGUUGCUUUCUUCCCAGCAGAUUAUGAGUCCUUCAGGAGGAAGUGUGAAGAGGAGCUCAUGGAAAGGCUGGGAGAGCUGUGUGCCAGGCAGACCAGGGCAGUGUCCCCUGCCUGUGAGAGGCCAUCAGCCAAGCUCUGCUCCUUCCAGGGACAGCAGGACAAUAAGGAUGUUGCCUUGCUCUCAUCCCCACCAAGUUCUCUGAGGAUGGGCAGGAUGAGUUUCCAGGACCUGCCAAAACGUGCAACUGUGUACAUAGAUUUGAGAGAUGCUGAGCCACCAAAGCCAGUGACAGUCCCUGAAGAGGAGCAAAGCUCCUCCUCCUCCUCCUCUGAAGAAGAAGAGACUGUGACAAUUCAGGGUGAAGCAGAAAGGAGAAUGAGGAAUUGCUCAGGGAAGAGCCUGUUACUGCAACAACUCCGAGCAGCCCGGAAGGAGGCCUUGGAGCUUCUUCACAAAACAUCUCUUCCAGCUGAGAAACUGCAGCCAGAAAGGCUGGAAGACACAGCUUCCUCUAAUAAAAGUCAAAACCAAUCUUGUAAAGUGAGGCAAGAGACAAAUGAGGUGGUUCCCAGGAAACUGAUGAGAUUGGAACCAGGCAAGGAAAGUCUCCCCUUUUCAAGCUGUGGGGGUGACAGAGCUGACACAGAGAAAGAGAACAAAAUGGAAGCUGAGAAGAUUCCAAAUGCAGGAAAUGCUCCAGAGUGUCCUCUAAUUACAGCAGAAUUGCCAAGGAGAGAAGGAAGUGACAGAGAGCUAUCCCAAAAGGAAGAGGAGAUGAAGGAGAGGCAGAGGAGAUGCAGAUUGCAGGAGCAGCUGGAGCAGUGGCAGCCUCAGCGCUCGGUGUGGGGGAAGCAGCCCAUGGCAGAGAACACCCCGCUGCUGUUCCACAGGGAAGCCUCUUUUUUGCCAGCUAUUGCCACGUUGCCUGGAUCCUGCAGUGUGAGAAAGGAGCUGCUGCUGCUGACCAUUUGGCUGGCAAGCUGUGGCCAGGUGGCCACGGAUCAGUGUGAGGGGCAGGUGCCUGACAAGGUGCAGGGAGCUGCCAACAUCUACCAGGCCCUGGUGACGUGGCUGCUGUCCCUGGUGCCCCCUGUGAAGAGGAAGGAUGGUCCCAAAGCUCCAUUUGAGGUGGUGGGGCUGCAGCAGGCCUGGACAGAGGAAGGCUUGGCCCUGUAUGCCUGCCUGGUGGCACCAGAGGAACCUCCAGCCCAGAGGCAUGAGGCAGCAACUGCAGAACAUCUCCAGGGAACACCCAGCUUUUACCAGAAGAUUUCUGCUUUUCUCACCUCUACAUGGCUUCCAGAUGUUAUCUGGUGGAGAGAUGAACUGGCCAGUCAUUUCCAAAAGCAGCUGUGCCCGCUUGUUCCUGCAGUUCCCUCUGUCCUGCUCAGUAACAUCACUGCUGUUAAUCCUGACCCUCAGGCAGUGGAGAAGGCGUUUGCAGUGCCAAAGGGAUUUUACUGGCAGACAGUUGAGAGUGAUGACAAACACUUCCCUGACAGCAGUGCCAUGGAGGCUUGCAGGGACACAGACAUCGAGGUUGCCAUGGUGCUGCUGUUUGAGGCUCUCUUCCAAAACCCCCUGGAGACCCAUCACACUCUGAGGCUGCUGCUGCGCUCUGGGCUGGAUGUCUGCGGCCUCCGCCUGCUCUACCCCGGCCAGGAGCUGCUGCUGUCCAGCUCAGGAAAGCUGCCUUCCUCCUACACUUCAGAGCCUGGUGAGGUGCCCCCAGUGCUGGCAUUAGGUGUGAGAGGCCCCAGAGCCCACGGAAUCCUGCAGGACAUCACCCGAGGCUGUGGCAGGGCAGAGCCUGUCGUGUCCCUGCCCCUGGCCAGCCGUGUGCACCGGGAGCUGUGCCUGUGGUUCGGAGGGAGAGCUGCUGGAGUCCUGCCCCCGCCUUUCAGCUCUCAGAGACCUUCCCCAGCUGGGGCAGGAGCAGAUGAAGAAAGAGUUGACCUCCAGGGCUUGAUGCUGCCUCGACCUCCAGCCAUGCUUGUCUCAACUACCAAAGGGGACAUCAUUCUGCUGGUGUCACCUGUGGUGCCUCCGUGUGCCUUUGGGGCUGUGCUUUCCGCCUGUGCCCGCCGGGGCUUUGUGCUGCAAGGACUGCGGCAGCUGCAGCUCUCAGCACAGCAGGGCCUCAUUGCUGUCUUUUGCCCUGGCAAGAGCUCAGGCUCACCUGCUGGUGCUGCAGGAGGAGAGGUCCCUGGUGAGCCCCGCAGGCACUGCCUGGUGCUGCUGCUGAGGAGGGAGAAUGCCACACAUCACAUCCCUGCCCUGCUGACAGGGCUGAUGGAGGAGCUGGCAGAGGCAGGCCCUGGCAUUGGGCACAGCCUCCCCCCUGCAGCUGCUGAACAGGAGCCGUCGCUGUGCUUCCAUGGGGCUCCGUAUGCCGCGGCCACGCUGCUCAGCCUGGGAGGAAACCUCAGCGUGGUGCCAGAGCCCCAUCCCAUCCCUCUGGAUUUCCUGAGCCACCGAGCUUUCGCUGCUGAGCCCGGCAUGGAGCAGGUGGUGAUGCUGACACUGGUGGGGAUGAAGGCUCUGAAGAGUGCUGGGGAGCUCCUCCAGCAGAUCCUGCUGCCCCCCAUCAGGGAUCAGCCUCAGAGUGCAGGUAACCCAGCUCUGGAGACCUUGGGACUCGAGUUGCUGGGCCUGAAGUGGCUGCCCCACCUGACUGGGUGCCAGGCCAGGGAGGUGACCCCUUUUGAGGCUGGGGACACUCACUGGCAGAGCAGCCUGGGCACGCUGACGUCCAGCCCUGUCCUGGUGUGCGCGCUCCGCGGCAUCGACGCCUUCCUGGCCCUGGGAGCUGCCCUGCAGGGAUGGACACAGAGCGGGGACAGGCUCUGCACAGGGGACAGCCUCCCACAGGCACUCAUGGCCCUGACACCAGAGGUGACCUUCAGACAAGCCAUCCUCUUCUUCACAGAGGCAGAUUUGGUCACUGAUGCAGAGCACCGCCCUGCUGGGAAAUUCCUGCCACCACCUGGCAGGAGCUCCAGGACUGAAGGGAAGACCACAGUGGGUGAGAGCUGGAGGUGCCGAGCAGAAUCCCUGUUCUCCUUCCUGCAAGCAGGGGCACAGCUUCUGUGCACGGUGCUGCUGAUCAAACCCGGGGUGUGGAGCCAGGGGCUGCCCAGGAUCCUGUGGGAUCUGCACCUGGAGAAAUUCUGCGUGGUCGGGAUGAAGCACCUGGAGCUGGGAGUGGCUGCUGCUGCCUCUCUGCUGCCCUGGGAGCUGCAGCAGGACUCAGCUGCUGUAGAAGCUCACUGUGCCUACCUGACCUCGGGCACUGCCCUGGUGCUGUGCCUGCAGAGGCCCAAUGCUGUGAAGAAGCUGCUGGAUCUCCUGGGACCAGAGGAUCCUCAGCUGGCCCAGGCACUGGAUCCACUCCUCUGGAGGGCUCAGUAUGGCACCAGCACAGUCCAGAAUGGAUUUUAUGGCUCCAGAUCCUAUGCAAUGGCAGUGCAGGAUGUGAAGCUGUUUUUCCCAGAAGGGCUGUGCUGUGCCCAGGCUCAGCCAGUGCAGGAGCAGGAGAUCCAUAACCUGAAACACGACCCCAUCCUCAGCCUGGGAAUCAGGAAACAGCACAAGAUCCUCACCCAUGAGCCAGGAAAACACCCCAGUGUCCUGGGCUCUGAGCAGCCAGGCAGUCCUGGUGAGGCCGUGCUGGAGCAGCUGUGGCCCAGCACGUGCCUGGUGCUGCCCGGGCUGAUCCUGCGGGGCCCGGAGCCGCCCCCGUACGUGGCGCUGCUGGAGGAGCUCCUGGGCAGAGGCUUCCUGCUGACCGCAGCUCGGCUGGCUGUGCUGGACUCAGCCCAGGCUCUCUGCAUCUCCCAGAUGCUCAGCAGGGCCAAGGGCAGCGUUGCAGCAAAGUGCUCCCUGCUGAAGGAUGGGCUGUGCCUGGUGCUGGCAGCACAGUGGGACAGCAACCAGUCAGCCCUGGACACUGCAGAGCAUCUCCUGUAUCCCCAGAAUGAGAAUCAGGCCCAGGAGCUGCUCUGCUGCUUUUUUGACCCCCUGACAUCAGAGAGCAUCCACCGAAUUGAGGCCCAGCACUGCUAGCAGAGAGGGGCAAGGCAGCCUUGGAUGCCACUGUGGACAUGGUUACACGGACUCCAGCAGCCCUUAGAGCACUGUUUAUUUGGAAUUAAACACAUCUGAGGUGUUAGCAUGG